UCCGAUGAGGCCUUCCACCGUGUUACAAAAUGGUUGAAAGACUGCACUCGUCAUCACACCAGCUGUUCCGUGGUGGAAACAAGCCUGCCGACCUAUACUCUAGACGUUGGGUCUGUGGACACGGCCGAGGAACUCCGGCUCGUCGAAAAUAAAAACGGCACCGCAAAAGGUCUUUAUGUCGCUCUUAGUUACGUCUGGGGUGUCCCUUUUGAGGAGGAUCUGCGACAAUUGUACCUUUGCACUGGGAACAAACAUGAUUAUCUCGACAGAGUCCCUGAGGAGAAACUGCCACAGACCCUGCAGGACGCGGUCUUCGCCACCCGCAAGCUCGGCAUACGAUAUCUUUGGAUCGACGCCCUCUGCAUCAUCCAGGAUGACAAGGAGUUCAAGAAGAAGGAGAUCAUGAACAUGCACCGUAUCUUUGGAGACUCCCAUCUCACCAUACAGGCCGCCUUUACGCAGACGGUCUAUAAAGGCUUCCUGAGUCGGAGGACGCGGCAUGCGCUUUCCGACCAACGACUCCUGUAUAGCCGGAACAGCCGAACGGACUCUCUAUCAUCAACAGAUGAGGCUUGUGUAUUCCUGAGGCCAGCCGUACCUUCGGUACAAGAGGGCCCAGCGGGAACCCGCGCCUGGUGUUACGAGGAGGCCGUGCUGCCGAAGCGUCUGCUGGUCUAUGGAAAGGAGCAAAUGCACUACAGCUGCGUCGACAGUGGCAUAUGGGAAGGAGGCUCACGAGAAAAAAGGGGCAUUUAUAGCACCAUUAGAGCAUCCAGACGCGCCCCUUGGUUCGAGGGUAUACCGAUUCCGCCCACGGCUCGCACGCCUGAUCUGAAACUGGACUCCUUGAAGCUCUGGUACUGGGCGCUGGAUAUCUUCUACACGCCCCGGUUCCUAACACGACCCGCAGAUCGCUUGGCUGCGAUUGCUGGCGUUGUGCGGUGGCUCCAGAACGAGAUUCCUGGGGAGUACCAGGUCGGGCUGUGGACGGUAGAUCUGCCGUGGGGCCUCCUCUGGACAACCCGAAGAGGCCUUGGAAUAAAGUUUAGGACGCGAUACCGUGCGCCGUCUUGGUCUUGGGCGUCGGUG